AUGGCCGCUUUGAGCUUCCUUCUAUCCACCCUUGCAGUGGUGUCUGCAACCCCCACUGGUCUUGGUUCCUCGUUGGUUCCUAGGGCUUUGGCAUCCGCGGACGGCGUGUGCGGUGCAUACAACGGCACUGCAUCAUGCACGAACAGUGGCUUCGGAACGUGCUGCAGUCAAUUCGGCUACUGUGGCAGCGAUACUGCGCACUGCGGAACGGGCUGUCAGGCCGAUUACGGGACCUGCGGUGUUUCCACGACUCUCGCCUGGGGACACUUGGGUUGCUAUACCGAUAGCACCACCGCUCGUGCGCUGAAUACCUCCAUCUUGGUCAAUGGUAAUACCAUUGAGGCUUGCCAGUCUACCUGCUCUAGCGCCGGCUUCUCUUAUGCCGGCAUGGAAUACGGAACUCAAUGCUUCUGCGGUAAUGCAAUCAUGAACAAUGCCCAGUCCGGCUCGGCUGGUUGCACCAUUCCCUGUCCUGCCAACAGCGCUGAGAACUGCGGUGGCUCUAAUGCGAUCAACAUGUUUGUUACGCUCCCUAUGUGGCAGAGCAAGGGCUGCUACUCUGAUACGACUCUAACCCGCACCCUGGCUGCCUCUUUCAACGUUGCCGGUCUCACGAACGAGAAGUGCCAGGCCACCUGCAAAGCCAAUGGCUACGUUUAUUCUGGUACUGAGUAUGGAAGUCAGUGCUUCUGCGGUAACACCAUUGAUAAUGGCGGUGCUCCAGCCUCUGGCUGUGGCACUGCCUGUGCCGGUGACUCUACCGAGAUAUGUGGUGGCUCCAAUGCUCUUAGCCUCUUCUACCUUUACCAGUAG